CCCAUGCCGGAUGCGCGACGCAUACGAAGCUACAUCUUGCGACUUCCACUCUCGACCCGCGGACUCAUCCUCAUCAUCACACUCCUCUACAUCGCGAAGCUCUUCAUGCCAUGGGUAUUACAAUGGGGAGCCCUGAUACCGAACGAGAUCAAUUUGCAGACAUUACGACGACUAAACUUGUUCCCCAUGCUACAUACCAACUUCUUCCACUACCUCCUCAAUCUUAUCGCCUUCGUCCCGCUCGUCGAGCGUUUCGAGUCCGAGCACGGCACAAUUGUCACCUUCGCCCUCUUUACAGGUCCCUUCGGUCUCCUUCCCGGCCUCCUAUACACCGUUCUCGAACGCUACGUCCUCCGCAUGAACACCACCGUCGUCGGCGCCAGCGUCUGGGUAUUCCUCCUCCUCUCCAACGAAGCGAUCAAAACCUACCGCCAGAACCCGCACUUCGAGAUUUCCGACGUCAAGAUCCCAACAUGGACGACACCACUCUUCCUCAUUGUCGUGAUCUGGGUUCUCGUACCGGGUACAAGUUUACUGGGACAUCUAUGCGGCGCGCUGGUGGGCUACUUGUGGGGACUGGGAUACAUCAGGUUUCUGGCUCCGCAUGACAAGAUCUUGAGAUGGGUGGAGGGCAAGUUGAAUCUGCUGGGCAGACUGCCGCACUAUGUCAGCGUGGAUCAAAAGACGUAUGGGAGAUAUGGGGUGCUUCCGACCUCUUCGAGGAGCCCGCUGGUUGGUCCUGGACGAGGGACUUUGGCCGCGUCGAACGGUGUCGCUGUUGGUCCGGAGGGUAGCACGCAAAGGUUGGGGCCGUGAGAGGGAUGACGUUGGAGUAUCGCGGAUAUCUGGAGAUGUCCUGGCCGCAGGCAUGAUUAUGCCAGCAUGUCAGGCCACCUCGUGUGAACGGAUUGGAGCAUGCAGUCGUGGAUUGUCGGUCCUACAUGAGCGAUAGCGCAGUGCAGUCGGCUACAGAUGAGCCACCGCUGAGAUGGAUCGCAUGGCUGUUGGACCAAGACUCGAUGCGGCAGAGAAGUUACAGGCCAAUAUACUCGACAAUGUCUUCAGCAGACCAAGCGCGGGCGCGGAGAGAAAAUCACAAUGCGAGAAUGAUUGGCUGGACUCGAAAGAUCACUGAUGAAACGCUGGUCGUUAU